CGUACUGUGUAGCGCUGUAUGAGCAGCAACAGCGGCGAAAUCAAUCACCAUCACUACCAGUGCCACCGCCACCGCCGCUACCACCACCACCGUUGCCUUCUCAACAAUCGCCACUGAACCGUCCCCAACUACCACCGCCGUCGUCGUCCUCCGUCCACUACCAGUCGACUGUGGUGCAGUCGCAAUAUUAUCCAAACCACCACUACACCUACAAUCUUCACCAAAACAUCACAUCGAUGGCCGAAGAUGAUGGUGGUGGCGAUAAUGGAAAGGAGAUGGUGGCGUCGUCGUCGGUAUCGAGCGUUACAAAAGCGCCCGGAUCAUUGCGUGCCUUAUUUACAAAGAUUUUCCGAAAGCCGUCCUCGUCGGCGAAGAAAAAUUCGGCCGUCGGAGGAGUAGCAGGUGCUGACAUGACGCAGGAGAACAUCUACGAGGACAUAUCGGGACUGCUAAAAGCAGCCAGUGGUAGUGGUAGUGCCAGGGUUAGACAGCAGCUUGCUCUUCGGGACACCGCCCAGUCUCCUACCGUGUGUGGUGCGGCGAGUCCGGUCGGCGUUGUGGCCAUUAACAGCCGGAACAGCAGCCCCAUCGCCCACAGCCCGCCUGCUGCUGCAGCAGGUCCCAGUGCUGCACUGUCCGGUGGUAGUUGCACUCGUAGGCUUCGCACCGAAAACAAGGACGAUGAUGAUGAUGACGACGAUGAAGAUGACGAGGAAGGUGGCUUUACUCUCGCCACAGAGUGGAACUGGGUGGCGAAGCAGCACGACCGCGUGAUGAGAGAGUUGAACCUCUCGGUCGAGCGACUGAUAAUGCCCUCGCAGUACGAGCAGCAAAUCGAUAAGAAGAGGGGAAGUAAGGACGACUACGGUGCGUUGGGACACAUGUCCGUGGCCUAUCGGUCGGCGGAUGCUUCUAUGUGCAACCCGUACGCAAUAGAAGAGAUUCCCCUCUCCUAUCGCUGCUGGAAGCCCGUCGAAGGCAGGGGUUCCGCGAUGAUAGCUGCGGGGCUACCACCACCACCACAGCAAUCGCCAACACCUUCGCUGCCAUCGUUGCCAUCGUUGCCAGCGUUGCCAGCGUUGCCAGCGUUGCCGGCGGCGGCAGAGCGUCAUUCGCCGACGGUAUCGUACGGAAAGUCGUACGGUGACGUGGACAGUGGUAUCAGCAGCAGCAGCACCAGUGGCACCAGCUAUACGAGCAACAUCCACUAUCGAAGCCCAAAUUACCCGCAGCAGCAACAACAACAACAAGGGUUAGUCGGAGGCGUUGGCGGCGGAUUGGAAGCGUCCUUCGACACUUAUCCCCUCAUACCGCAACGACCACCAUCGUCGUCGUCGUUGUCGUUGUCGUCGGUAUCCCGCAAGCCAUCUCUUUCCGGUCCUCGCUGGCCGUAUAACAGCAGCGGCGGCACGAUAAUAAGUACACGACGUAAUUUAAGACAAACUGGCGGCGGCGUCGGCGGAGUGAAAGCGGAGAGUGGCCCCGAGAGAGGCUUCAGUGAGAACGGCGGCG